UUGGGUCUCACUGACCAGGCUAUCAAUGAUCUCACUAUGAAGCCUAUGUAUCACAUGGCUGACUUCAUGUUGGACUACGUUGAGAACAUAAUCUCAUGCAAUGAGGAUAUAGAGGACCCCAGUACGAUUGUAGGUAAAGCGGAGGAUAUUGACGGGGGAGCCUCGCUACACUUCGAUAAGUUUGAUGACACCUCCUUCGUUCACAUCCGAUGGCUGCACCGCUACGUUAUGGGAGACUCUAAAGAUCCUCUACACUAAUAAUCAGUUCGAGAAACUCGCCUACAUUGGCACCAGAUUCAACCAGCUCACCAAUGAUGUGUUCGGAGAACAGACCUACCCUCUGAUAAUCUACAGCAAGAGAAAGUUAGUGGACAGAGUAGCGGAGUACAACGAACCGUGGCACACGGAGACCAGUAGUGUCAGUAUUCGCAGUACUGUCACUCCUGUUCAAGCUGCGCACGAGAACAUAUCACCCCAAAUAGUUGAAGCACUGCGUCUGUGCUCCGUCCCCCUAGAUCUGGAGGUGGACCAGGAAGCGCUAGCUAGCGUGCUGAGUGUCCGCUCCCACACUGCACUCUCCUUACAGUACUGCAGACAACUCCUACUCUGUUAUCUCGCCGGAUACGGCAAGGGUAACCUAAAGCCGAGUAGCUCCCCAGUCUCCUCCUUCCACCCCGGUACAGCAGGAGCCAGUAAACUAUACGAUAAACCUGGAGACUUGUUCGUAUCACCUCUCUCUACCUCCUCCUACGGGAUCAUAGUGUCUACUUACGAGAAAACUAUAGAAAUGCUGCAAGUAAAGGGAAAGACUGAUUUAGCAGUUCAGGCGAUGCACGAGCUAGGAAAUGUUCUCUUCCACUCUGGGAAUACUAAGGGAGCGUUCAAAUGGUGGUGUGACGCACUGGACACACUGCUCCACAUGACCAACUCCAUGCAGAACUGGCACAGCUUCACUCCUGAAACCCUUCUCAACAAGUGCCAGAUAUGGGGCUGUUUGCUCGGCGCCUGUAUCGCUUCUAAUAUUUCUCAGUAUAUAGUGAGCCACAGUGUAGAUGACAAAGUAGACGCGUGUCUCCUUAGUGCUCAGCUCUUUAAAGCACUGUUCCAUGCAUCCCUGCCUCACCCUGCAUCUGACUACCAAUAUGUUAACCACGAAAUAGGAGAAGGUUUCAACAUCCCCGCCCUGAUACCCGGAGUAGACCUGCUAUCUGACCAGUUCAGAUGCAGUGCUAGUGUGCUUGUUGGGUCUCUACACUACGUGUCCGAAACUCUUGUUAGACACCAGUUCGCUAGUCAGGCUCUACCAGUACUGUCACUAUAUCACUACGUUGCCAUGUCUCUUCUAUCCGACACCAAACAUCUUAUUCUUGCUAGAAUACUCAAGGUGGAAGCACUGACACAGUUAUCCAUGUUAACAGAUGCUCUGCAAUUGUGGAGUCUGGUAUCUCAAACUGAGGCGAUGCCCACCCCUCCUACUUCUCAUGGCAAUAACAUUUCCAACAAAACUGAGAAUUAUGUACCAGUAACAGCUGUAUCCCUAUGGAAUGUUCCAGAGUACAACAUAACAGAACCACUAAACAGUACCCAGAACGUACAAGCUGUGGAGCAUGCUAUAAAGUGCAAGAUCCCCCCAAUCCCUCAACCCCCCUUCACUACUAACCUAUCAGCACUUGCGCAGCUGGCGCACGCUGGGUUGAUGCUGGCUAUUGCGCAGCGGUCCUCUGUUGUGCCUAUGUACAGUGAGGGCAGUGAGAGUCAAACUACAGAAUCUGCCAUCAAGUACAAACUGUGUAAUUCGGCUGAAGUUAUACUCAUGCACCUCUCCAAAUGUGCUGAUAAAGAAGACGCCCACUACUGUGAAAUAGAGAUAGGGGUGAGUUCCCGUAGGUUGCUGUGCACUAUCGCACUGGAGAAACAACUGGGGGCUACCAUAGUUAACCUCAGUAACUACGGGCUCUCACUUCUCCAGCGCUCUUAUCAGCUUGACAGACAAGAGGUAGUUUCCUACGAUGAGAUGUGCAGUAAGAGGCGGCUGGACAGUCUGGCCUGGCUACAGUUAAAAUGUGCUAUGAUCCAAGGGUUUGGCCUCAUGACCACCAUGUACGGUGCGAAUGAUUGCAAGCAAAUAUGUGCCGCCACGAAAGAGGAAUCUCAGCUAUUCAAUUCGAGUGAAAUGCAAGCCUGGAUAUCACUGAAAGACCUUGUCUUGGAUAUCAACGCCAGCAACACUUUCCAAGUUGAGCGUCAGAUAAAAGAAGGUCUCUCCAGGAUGGUGGCCCCAUCCUGUCUGGGUGCCAGUGUUAGUGUUGGUACUAUCCUGUACUGUGCUUCUAGAGCUACUAAUAAGGAGGACUCUCUAUCCAGGUUGAGGAAAGUAAGAGAGUUGCUGGAAUAUCAACAUGAACAAUACUACGGCAACAAGCACAAUAUCCACACCUACAUGGCCCCUGUGUCUGCACUGGCGGUUGUGUUGGAAACAGACUGGAAGUUAUCAGAACUAUCAGAGAGGAUAUUAGCGGGAGAUGAAGUGAGCUCAGAGUUAGAUCAGCUGGAGCAGGUGUUAUCUAGCACUCUGACACACAGUAAUGUUGGGGUCGCAACCAGGGCUGAACUUCUCAUCAGACUGGGUGUUGUGAUGCGAGGGAAAUGGGAGAUAGAGCCCACUCCUGAACGGUUUGUAGCCCUCAUUAACACCCUGUGUGAGUGUGUCUCCGCCACUAACUUCAACCUACCUAUCGCUAGAGAAGCUUAUUUGGAGAUAGCGUAUGUUACAGCCGCUGUUACUAAUAAUAACAACAGUGAUGCGACAGCAGCCAAACAAGUGACUUUGGAGAAAAGAGCAACAUGGUCAGCCAUCCGAUCAGCCGCCCUGUGCAACAUCUCUCAGGAGAGUUUGAAAUGUUUAGAACAGAACCCUGCUUCUCAGGCUAUCGUCUCUAAAAAGGACAUCAAACGGCUCCCUUCUUUCACUGGACUGGAGUUGAACAGAGAGUUGUCCACAAAACUACUCCACCCCCAGAGUAAGACUCAGCAGCCUCAACCUCCUUCUAACCUCUCCUGGGUCAAACUUCUCAGCUACCUGGAGACCCUCAAACGGGACCUCCAGACCCAGGGAUUCAGUGGUCAGUGUCCGAUGAGUUCCCCAGGACUGUCUGGUAAGAUCACCGUCCUACAAGACUACCUCGCCAGUACCAUGCCUGGGUGGUCCAAGAAGUGCAAUAUCCCGACCAUCUCACGGAACAUAUCAUAUCUCACCAUGGGUAGAGUGCUAGCAGGGACCCCCAAUACAACUGUCAGCAGCAGAGAAUCCAGCAGUCAGCCAGCUGAAAGUGUAGCUCCCUCUGAUUCAGCCAGUGAGGGUGGAGUUGUCUUGCAGUGGGUCACUCCCCGACUGGUUACUAGGGUUCAGGACUCUACAAAAGACACGUUGGCAUUCUACGCGUUUAACAUCAAGCCAGUGAAGACCAGCUCUCCAAUGUUCACAUCCAACUCCUUUACCGGCUUUAAAGCGGUGUCCUCUGCAUCCUUUGACUCGCUGCACACGAAAAUAGAAUACGCGCACGCACGUGCGGUAAUUGAAGAUGAUGCGCAGAAGAAAGAAGGGACGCCUCUUCCACCAGGCUCCGCUCAGCCUCAGCCACCAGCCUCUGUUCAUCCCCCCUCCAGCAGAGCUUCAACUAAGACCAGCUUUAGUCCGGAGCCUUACGAGCCUGGACAUGUUAAAACGGGCGUGGUUGAGAGCUUAGGUACCUUCCUUGGACUAGAUCCUGCUGUUACUAAAGAUGUUCUAGAACAGCCAGACUCGCUCUCCUCGGAGAAACUCUCAAUCCUAGAGAACCUCUUCACAGUUACAAGUGUACCCCAGAACCAGACGGAGCUGUGUAGGUGGCUCCUCUCCUUCAAGAAGGUGCUCCCUAAAGCUGCUGCAGGUGGGGUGGGCUCUAAGAGGGCGACUCCUGGAAACAAGGAGCCUGCUUCCUAAAGCCGCUGCAGGUGGGGCGGGCUCUAAGAGGGGGACUCCUGGAAACAAGGAGCCUGCUCCCUAAAGCCACUGCAGGUGGGGCGGGCUCUAAGAGGGCGACUCCUGGAAACAAGGAGCCUGCUCCCUAAACCUGCUGCAGGUGGGGCGGGCUCUAAGAGGGCGACUCCGAUCCUGGAAACAAGGAGCCUGCUCCUGGGAGUAAGUAGGAGGGACUGUAUGUCUGGUAGUGUUAUCAGAUUGAGUAGUUUGGUAGUUUGAACUCGAAUAAGAUGUUUUUUUCUGAGCAAUGUUUGUGUUCUGUGAAUCAAUGUUAGGAUUUUGUUAGUUAUCUAUUUCAGAUAUGCACCGAAAAGGUUUAUCACGAAGGUUUAUUUUGAUAUGUUACCUUGGUUACACUUUAAAUUAUUUUGUAAAAUAGACUGUAAUUGUACAUAAUCAAAUUCACAUAAUCAAAUUUAUAUUGCACCACAAUGAAUAUAAAACUGUUUUAAUUUGAGCGGUCAUUUUACAUGUUAACAGAUGUAAGUUAUUAAACUUGAAAAGAAAGUGGUAAAAAUCGG